CUUUUUCACUGUAACCACCUCUUCUAUUCAUCCACACAUGGUGGUUGUGAAACGGUUAUCUUAAUUAAAAUUUACAAUAAGUAAUUCCAAAACAAAUAAAUUCAAUUCUUACAGCUGUGUGCGGAAUAGUUUAUCCGUAAACCCUCCUUGAUUAAUGAGUCAGAGAAUCGAGAAACCCACACUUUCGGGUCAGCGAAUCAAGACCCGCAAACGCGACGAGAAGGAAAAGUAUGAUCCUGGGAGUUUUCGAGACGCAAUUCUACAAGGCCUCAGUGAAGCUGGAUCUGAUUUGGAACAAGUUUCUAAAUUUUUGGAUACAGCUGGAUCAAAAUUAGAUUAUCGCCGUUACGGUGAAGUCCUUUUCGAUAUUUUGCUAGCUGGCGGAAUUUUGGCCCCUGGAGGUACCAUUGCUGAUCUCGAUUCACUCAAGUUAAACAAAAGCGAGGUGUGCAUCUUUGCUGCUAAUAACGAUUUAGAAACCCUAAAGAAUUAUGCCCAAGUUAUCACGAAGUUAAUUAGGCGAUAUAAGUAUUUGGAGAAAACCCUUGAUGAUGAAUUCAAAAAGGUGUUUAUGUUUUUGAAAGGCUUCACACCUGAGCAACGAGAAAAGCUUGCUAAAGUUACUGCUAUUUUACUCUCCGGAGGGCAGAUUACUGCUGGCGUCCUCUCUAAAGUCUUGCAAGAUCAUCUAGUGAAAGAUGGCAUUGCUUUAGAGUUCAUAAUUGAUGUAUUCAAGACAUGGCUGGGUGAAAAGGACAGCAAUGCUGUCUGGGCUUCCCUCCGAAAAGCUGGCCUAGACACGAAGCUGCUUGAGUUCCUUCCUACUAGCAAGAGGUCAGUUGAGUAUUUGAGUGAAACCUUCAAGUCUCAUGGCUUGACUCAAUUAACUGAUAACCUUAAAGCGCAAGAGAACAAAAGUGUGAAGAAAGAGCUUCAACAGCAAGUUAGUGAACUCCUGAAGGAGAAUACUGCUUUGGAUGAAGUCAUUGGCCAUGUUAAAGAUCAAAUGAAGAAGAAUUCCAUCCCAGAACAUGAAGUUGCUGUCCUGUUGUGGACAUCUCUGAUGACCAUUGUCGACUGGAACAAGAGGCAAGAGCUCGUUCAUGAGCAGGCUAUCAAGCAUCUGCGUCAAUAUACAUCACUGCUGUCUCCCUUCACUUCCAGUACAAAGGCAGAGCUUUCUCUCCUUGUGAAAGUUCAGGAGUAUUGCUAUGAUAACAUGGCAUUUAUGAAAGUAUUUGAGAAGAUUCUGGUUCUUUUUUACAAAACAGAUGUUUUGAGUGAAGACUCCAUUUUGAAAUGGUACAAAGACGCCCAUUCCUCCAAGGGUAAAAGUAUUUUCCUAGAGCAAACGAGGAAGUUUGUUGAAUGGUUACAGAGUGCUGAAGAGGAAUCGGAAGAAGAGGAUUAAUCGAGUCUUAAAACUUGGAACAAUAUCUGACUAUAAUUUCAAAAUGCAACCAGAAAUAAAUUUAAUAUUUGGAUACCAGCAAUGGUGCUAUUCCUUUUUUAUUAAGGUUUUAGCCUUUUAUAGUUAUUGGAUAAUGAAAUGCACAGCGUAGAAUUAUUUUUGUAUUGAAAUAUAUAUCUUAAUCAGUGUUACGCAGUUUGAUUCAAUUUUAUGAUUUGUUUUCGGUAAUAUAUUUUCCGGGUACAUUCAUAAGUAUUUAUUUAUGUAUUAUCUUAAAAGAUGGAUCCUACAGAAUGAUAUACUUAAUAGAAAACGAAUAUCUUAAAUCAGAUAAGCAAUAAAUUUUUAUAAGAUCAAUAUUUUUUAUUUUUGUAUGCAUUUUCUUAUAAUUCAAUUCUAAAAUCUCUUCAGGGUUUGGUAAACGUGUAUUCUAUAUUAUCAUUACUGUACUUUUAACUAUUUUUUUUUUUGUGUAUGUGGUAAAGAGAGCACUCAAUUUGCUUUUAUAAAUGUAGUUAUAAUGGAAUAAAAUAUUAGGUACAUUUUUUUAAUUCUUUUUUUCGAUUUUUCAUUUAUUUAUUUAUGUGCUUAUAAGUAAUAUCCAUUGAGGUUGUAACAGUUAUUUAUAUCUAUUUCAUAUGGUUCAGUUAAUUAAAGUAUUUGUAUUGCAAUA